GGCUGAUACGCACACCCACCCGGAAGUGGAGUGACACUCAGGUGGCGGUACAAUCUGUUGGCGGGUUGUACUGUGUGUGUUAGAGAGGGCACGAGAAGCCGUGUGUGUGUGACAGUGUGUGUGUGUGAAAGUGUGUGAGAGAGAGUGACGGAUUGUGUAAAUGCUACGCAGCGGACGGUUUGAGUCGAAAUGGCGCUGGUGCGACAGAGAGCUGCGCAGGGUUCAAACGCCACCGAGAUAGAGAAAAAAAUUAAAAGAGGCAAUGCUCUGCGGCAGGGAUCUGCGUGGAGGUGGUCCCGAGGGUCCGUGGCCUUGCUUCUGGGUGCUCUGUCUCUGUGCGGUGCGGCUGUGUGGCUGUACGUGACCUCUCUGGACAGCGAAGUCACAGAAACGCUGGUCAGCAGAAGCGAGCUGGUCUCUCCUCAGCCCAGAGUCUACGCCGUUGAGUGCUCUGAAGACUACGAGAACUACAAACGCUAUCCAGGGUGCACCCCUCAGAAGUGUGGCCGUGCAGUCACAGACAGCGUGGUGACAAGGGAGGAAGCUCAGGCCCUUAGGAGGCUGGCUGAGAGAGGGCUGGCAUUGGCUGGUUCAGACGGAGGAGCUUCCAUACUGGACCUGCACUCUGGAGCGUUGUCAAUGGGAAAACAGUUUGUUAACAUCUACAGGUACUUUGGGGAUCAGAUCAAGGACGUGUUCACACAAGAGGAUUUCCAGCUUUACAGAGAUGUCCGUGAGCGAAUCCAAGCAGUUAUUGCCGAGACGUUUGAUUUGGAUCCAGCCAUGGUAUACCUCACCAAGCCCACCUUCUUCUCCAGAAUCAACAGCACAGCAGCCAAGACCCAACACGAUGAAUACUGGCACCCACACAUAGAUAAGGUGACGUAUGGCUCUUUUGACUACACCUCACUUCUCUACCUGUCUGACUACGGCUCUGACUUCACUGGAGGAAGAUUUAUCUUUAUGGACCAAAAUGGCAACCGAACAGUGGAACCACGGGCAGGACGAGUGUCUUUCUUCACUUCCGGCUCUGAGAACCUCCACCGUGUGGAGAGGGUGACGUGGGGGACGCGCUACGCCAUCACUGUGUCCUUCACCUGCGACCCUGCACACGCCAUCUCUGACCCCGCCCUGCCUUGAGGUGCCCAGGAGUGACGGUGCCGCCUGCCCACCGGCUCAGACAAGCCCUGAAAAAAAGAGGGCAGAGAGGAGGGAGAAGUGAGAUUUUAUGUGGAGGUUUCACUUGUAACAUCGGAAUCCUGCAGCUGCACAGUCGAUACCUGUCACUUCCUUUUGUUAUCAGAUAUUGACUCGCUGCCCCUCACUGACUGUGCUGCAGCAAAAAGCCACAUGCAUUCACUUCCCAUUCUGGGGAGGAGUUUCACAUUUGUAACUGACCCCUGUAUUUUUAUCCUUUUUUUUUCUACAGCAGUUGCACCAUUAUAAUUGCUAGUGUUAGGCGUGUUCCACAGUCUGCUCCUCUUGACACCCGGGCAGAUGGCAUAAGCCGAGAUUGCCUCUCAAGUGAAACAGGUUCAAAGAGGCUAAAGUGGGAUUGUGUCUUUUCUGUAUGUCUCGGUGUUUUUCAUUUUAAGGAGAGCUGUCAAUUCCUUAAGGAGGAGAUAUAAAUCUGGUGAAUCACCUACUGAAUCAAGCUUUGAUCGCAAAAUCCCCUCUCAUCCUCGCACCCCCACCCCUGACCCAGGAGGUGUUUUCUUCUAAGAAGAACCCUCUCCUUGUUCAAGAGUGAUUGCUCUUUCUAGUGUGUUCCCAUUUCUUCAGUGUGGUCAGUGACAACAGUUCCAAAUAAACAGAAUACAGAAAGAA